AUGAUUCCGGGCAAAGUUGAGGAUAUGAGUGGAAUUGACAAUGAAAGCUAUGUUCUUGUCAGUGGUACAAAGGUGGGUGCUUGGGGAAGUGGGGGAGGUGGCUGCCGUGCAGUGGAGGAAGAGGGAGAAGGGUGGGGUGUGCGUGUUGUGAAGGAAGGGGUGGAUGAGGAAAUAGGGCAGGUGAGUGAAAAUAACAACACUCAAUAG